AUGUGGAUGGUAGUGAGCGAAGACCCGUCGGGUCGUCUUCGCUACCAAUAUCAUCAUCAUCAGCCGCCACAUCAUCUUCAAAAUCCACCACAACCACCGCCACAUCAACCAAGAUUUGUGAGAGGUGGAUGUUUGAGCUUCCCUGAAGGAUCAGCUGCAUCUGCACAUAAGAUCUAUCAUCAUCCACAGCAACACAAUUAUUAUGAAGUUGAGCAAUAUGAUAAUGUUAGUGAAUCUUCGUCCUCAGCGGAAUACCAAGAUCCGAUUUAUGCUGCACGAUAUCCUGCGAAACAUCAAAGCUUCGCGCACACACCAAGAACCUAUGUACCAUUCUAUUAUUAUCAUCCAGCAGCAGCAGCACAUCAGCAGAUAUUACCCACACAACGCGCUCCAAGUCCUGAUCCUGAUUAUUCACCACCGUCUUCGAGAAGAGUUGUCAGGUUUCAAUUGCCAAGGGAUGAGGAUGAAAAUGUGAGCCGAGGGGAAUUUGUGACAAUGAUCAACACAUCGAAUAGUCUACCAGCGGAGGAGACGAGUGAAGAGGGAAGUAGCACGUUGUCGAUUACACCGCCGCCUGUGCCCGCACAUCCGCCGGCGAGACAUCGAUUGGUGAAGAAGAAGGUUGUGAUGGGUGGAGGAAGUGUGGGAAGAUCGCAAGGUGAGUUUAAGCCUGGUCGACCAGCUUAAGAGAUCUGAUUUCCAUGUUUGAUCUACCCCGUACUAUCAUUUUCCGCCACGUGUCAUUUUUAUUUUUCCAUCCGGAAAUGUAUCAAUGUUUAUUUGUCAAAAAAUCUUAUCAUCAAACAAAAUUCUUGGGCCAAGUAUACAUAGUAAAAUGAAUCAUCUCUUUUCUCUCGGAAAAAGUAUCAGUACAAACAAACGAGCUUCGAAAAUGCUCCAAGGGCAUGGGAGAUAGCUCAGUGGCAGUGUUGGAUAUGCGAAUCGCAAGGUCAGGGGCUCGAUUCCCGCUGCCCGCAAAGACUUUGUGUGCGUGCGGUUGCGACGCGGUUUACAUUAGUAGAAAAACUAUUGUCUAGUUUGAAUUUCUCACAGUUAACUAUAAAAAUGUAUAGUUUGAACUCGAAAUAGAGUGUAGUUCGACGAUAUUUUGGGUUCAAACUAUAAACUUUCAUUUGACUAGACUAUAGUUCAGGUUGAUUGCAAGCCGCGUUGCAACCGUGCGCGCCUGAAGAUACUUAUAGACGAGAGAUUCAGACGAGAUCUCGGAUUCAAGCUAGACUAUAGUUUAGCUUUCAUAUCACUAGACUAUAGUUUAGCUCUCAAUUCACUAGACUAUAGUUUAGCUUGUGGCCACUUCGCGGAAUAUAUAGUAUCAUUAGCGUGAAACUUGUACAAACAAGAAAAAGAGCUCUCUCGGAAAAUGCUCCAAACUAAAGACACACAUUUUUUCUUGUUCUUUUUUGGAGUGUGUGUGAAAUAGACACCUAAAAUAAACAAUCAAAUGUUUUUUGUUGUUGUUGUUUUUGUUUGCACAAAACAAAAAGUGCCGGAAUUGGAUUAAAAUUUUGGAAAUUAAAUGGGAAACUGGAUUGAUAUGAGCAAUGAAACAGGGGGAAAAUUUGAAUUUUUUGAUGAAAUAUUUGCUAAAAAAUUCAAAUUUUCAGCCGAAAAUGAAGCUGAAGCUUGUCUAGACUCAAAAAAAAUCCCAAUUUUUUCAGGAACACCAAAUCGAAAUUUCGAAAUCACACAAGCGUAUGGUGGAGGCGGAACAGUACGCGGAACACCAAUGGGUUUGGCGCCAAGUCAUAAUCAUCAUCAAAUUGGCGGAAUAACACCAUUGGGAACAAUGGCAGCGCAUCACACGCAAAUUGUGCAUAAUGGUAAGAGCCUGGCGGGAAAAUUUGAAAUUUGAAAUUUUUAAAAACGUGACCUUCAUUUUCCCCUCGCAUUUUUUAAAUUUUAAAUUUUCAUUCAUUUUUACUCGAUGAAAAAUAUUUUCAAAUUGUUAUGGUUUCCUGGAAGUGGUGGUGAAUUUCAGCCUUUUAAAUUACAGCCAAAAAAAUCUGAAAUCUAAAAAUUUUCAGACAACUCUUCGAAUUCGGGCGGCGGUUCUUCGUCGUGGUUCGGCAGCAAAAAGGACAAAAACAAGAAGAAGGACAAGAAGCAGCGGAUCAAGAAGGAGGACAUUUCGAAUCCCACCAAUUUUCAGUGAGUUUUUUGGAAGGGUACUGUAGAAUUUGGGUUACUGUAGACUGCUUUUUUCAGUAGCUACAGUUUUGAUUAUUUUAAUCGGGGAUUACGGUAGUAUUUCGAAGAAAAAUCUGAUUUUUUGAUUACUGUAAGCCAUAAGUUACAGUAACCGGGGAGUUUUGGGGGUACUGUAUUUUUAGAUGAGUUUUUUUUUGGCUUACUGUAGAUUUGAAUUAUCUACAGUAUCGGAUAGCAUUUCAGAGUUCUGUAGAUUUACAGUAAUCUCUUAGCAGUACUGUAAUUCUUUCAGAAAGUUCUACAGUAUACUCAUAAAACUACGGUAAAGCUACCCAGAUCAAAAUGUUUAAUUUUUGAAAUUCUAAAUUAGUGAAAAGCUCAAAUUUUAUCCUCUAGAUGGUAAAAAUUGAGAAUUUGAGUACAAAAAGCUCAAAAUUUCAAAAAUUCCAGGCACAAAGCUCACGUCGGCUGGAAUCAGGACAGCGGAUUCUCGAACAAAGUCUACGACGAUGAUAUGGACGAAGCCACGCGCAACAUUCUCCAAGCCGCCGGACUCGAAACCAACAAUCUCAACGAGGACGACAAGAAAUUCGUCAAAAAAUUCAUCGCCAAAAACUACGAUAAAUACGUGUCGAUAUCCGCUCCGCUUCCCGAAACGCCCAAGAUUCCACGUGGCAUCGCACCGGCCUUCCCGUCUUCACAACCCUAUUCGGCCCCGCCAGCUCCACCACCACCGGCCAGAGUCGAAUCGCAUGGAUUGGCACCCGCAAGACCUCCGCCACCACCGCCGAUGUUGAAUGCGGCCAGAAGACCGCUUCCGCAAGCGCCGAUUGAUCAGAGCAGACCGCAUUGUGUUCCGCCGCCCCCUCCGCCACCUCCACCAGCUUCUUCUUCAUCUUCUUCAGUUCCCCCACCCCCGCCUCCACCAAUGCCUGCGGGAGGAAUUGGAGGCAUUCCGCCUGCGCCACCGCUUCCGGCGACUGGCGGAAGCGCAACUCUUGCCGCAUUGCCUGCACCGCAAGCUGGAAGAUCGAAUUUGUUGGCGGUGAGUGAAAUUUUGGGGUAGGAAAUUUAUAAAAACCAGAUUUUUCCGCAAUUUUUGCCACGUGGCUUCUUUUAAUUACAGUUGGUAAUUACAGUUGGUUUAAUUACAGUUGGCCUAAAUUUCCCUAGGGCACAGAAAAAUGGGCGUGGCUUAAGCUUCAACUCAUUUGAUAUCAGUUUCAACAGCUUUUCAAGGCCUGCAAAAUGAUACCAAAUAAGCCACGCCUAUUUUUAUGUGCUCCCAUUAAUAUCAAAUACAAAAACAUUAGCCUAAGGCACAGUAACAUUUUUCAUUUUCUCACAAAUUCCUUAUUAAUUUCCCAAAUUUUCAGGAAAUCCAAGCUGGCAAACAAUUGCGAAGUGUUGCCGCCUCCUCCUCGCCAAAUUCCAAUACAAAUCAAUCGGGCGAUGCUCGCGGUGAUGUAAUGGCACAAAUUAGACAAGGAGCACAAUUGAAACAUGUAAGCUUUUUUGCCUCUGAAAUCUGAAAAUUAAUAAAAAAAACAGUUUUUUUUUACAAAAAAGUUUCGAUUCAGAAAAUGUCAAAAAACUACAUUUUUUCCCAAUUUUUUUCCACGCAAAAAUAAAAAUUGGAAAACAAUUUAAAUUUUUUUGAAUAUUUAUUUAAAAAUUUAUUUGCCACGUGGAAUUUUAGAUCACAAACCAGAAUAGAACCUAAAUUUCCACGUGGAUUUUUCCCAAGUUUCGUUAUGUUUAAAAGGAACUGCAAAAUUAGGGAAUUUUUGAAAUUUUCUAUAAAAAACUAAAAAACCUUUCGCACCAAAAAUUUAUUUCAAAUUAAAAAAAAUCCACGUGGCUUUCUUUCAGAAUGUACAAGAAAAUUAUCUAAAAUUUUUCAAUUCGAAAAAAAAACAACUUCAAUCGAAAGAUGUUUUUAGCUCACCAAAUCCUUUAUCUUCUAAUUUUCCACGUGGAUGACAUUCCCCGAGUUCAGCUAAAUCCAAAUAUUUUUUGCAGGUCGACGCGGCUGUCGAACAAGAGCGUCGAAAAUCCACGCAGGGUAGUGCAGCCGGAAUGGGUGGUUUGGCUGGCGCUUUGGCAAAAGCUCUCGAAGAACGUCGAAUGAACAUGGGAAUCGAUGAUUCGUCGGAUGAAGAAGAGGACGAAGAUGACAAAAAUGAGUGGUCCGAUUGA